CUCUCUCUCUCUCUCUCUGUGUUUUAACUGGUUGUAGACGGGGAUUUUUACACCUUCCCCUUGAACGCUGCAUUACUGACGCUGCCAAGUUGACUUUUAUUAUGAACUGAUGGCUUUAACCCCGCUGCUCUUGGCAGCUAAUUUCACUGUCGUGUCUCAGGUAAACAUGUCUCAGGUGGUCUUCAGCAGGUUCUCCAGCUUCUGUCGUUUGUCGGCGCGGAGGUUCUGCACCCAGGCGACUUCCCCAUUAACCAUUCGUGAGCAAGAGGACGGGAUAAGGAGGAUCAUUUUGAACAACCCCAAGAAGAGGAAUGCUUUGUCUCUCGCCAUGUUAACCUCUUUGCAGGAGAACAUCCUGUCUGGUAUAGACGACAAGGACCUGAGAGUCAUCAUCAUAGCAGCGCAAGGUCCGGUGUUCUCCUCGGGUCACGACCUUAAGGAGCUGACCUCGGUUCAGGGCAGAGAUUAUCACACCAGAGUGUUCAGGGUUUGCUCAGAGGUCAUGACCCUGAUUCAGGACCUCCCGGUUCCCGUGAUCGCGAUGGUGAACGGUAUUGCCACAGCGGCAGGAUGCCAGUUAGUUGCCAGUUGCGAUAUUGCCGUGGCGACGGACAAAUCAAGCUUCGCGACUCCCGGCGUGAACGUCGGCCUGUUCUGCUCUACUCCAGGAGUGGCCAUUGGAAGAGCUGUUCCUAGAAAGGUUGCGAUGGAGAUGUUGUUCACAGGCUGCCCAAUCACGGCGCAGGAGGCUUUGCUACACGGACUGGUGAGUAAGGUGGUGCGCGAGGAGUGUUUGGAGGAAGAAACGCUGGCCAUCGCACGCCGAAUCUGCGAUUCUAGCCGCCCCGUGGUGGCUCUCGGAAAAGCGGCCUUUCAGAGGCAGAUGGCGCAAGCACGAGAUGCUGCGUACGCCACUGCCACAGCUGUCAUGGUGGACAAUCUGGCGCUCCGUGAUGGGCAGGAGGGAAUCCAGGCUUUUCUGGAGAAACGCCGGCCUCUGUGGACCAACAGCACCGAGAAAGCACAUGACUGACCAGUAACAAACCACACGGGUGGCUCUAAAACAAACACCAACAAGAAGAAAGCACCUUUGGAUGUAAUUAGAUUGGAGACAAAGAUGGAAAAGUGUGUAUUCAUAAACAAAGUGCCAAUUUCUGUAUUGUGUGAUGGCAGGUUUGGGAUAACAGAGUGAGGUCAUGUUAGGAUCUUAACUGUAAUAAAAACAGGCAAAAAAAAAAAAAAAAAAACACUUACCCACUCAC